CGCGCUGCUGGAGUUCCUGGUGUGUCCGCUGCCCAAGAAGCCGCUGCGAUGCGACGCUUCCACGAGCUGGUCUGCGAGGAACUGGCCGUCGCCUAUCGGAUCGUGGAUGGGAUUCCCAACGUAAUCCCGCAGGCCGCGAGGUCCACGCUUCAGGCUCGGAAGCAAGAGGCGCAGCCGCAGCAGCACUAGGUCGUCCUUCUCUAGAAAACAGCACGGUGGCGACUCACUGGGAGAGGAAAAAAAAAAAAAAAAAAAACAUGCUCGUGUCUCUGCCUACCUUGACUGUACCUAUUUCUCUGAUUUCUUUAGCAGGACUGUUCUACUCCGCCUCGAUGGAAGAAAACUUCCCGCACGGUUGCUCUAGCGCGACCAGCCUGAGCUUUUACAGUCUGCUCUUGCCGGUUACCAUACCAGUGUAUGUGUUCUUCCACCUCUGGACUUGGAUGGGCAUUAAACUCUUCAGACGUAAUUAGUGGACCCACGGUCAACAUGGACUAUAUGUUAGUAAAGAGGAGUCAGGAAUUGGCACGUGAAGACUCAAAAUAGAUGCAAACCCAUUUGUUUUUCAAGAAAAACUGCUCUGCCUUCAUUUGAUGCCGAAUUCCAACUGAUGUAUUCAGAAGAGACAUUCCUUUAUGGAGAGGAUCACGUCCAGGCAUCAUCAGAGGACUGUAUCUUCUUAACCCAUUCACUUAAACGUUAGUAAUUUGGAAUUUUGUUUGUGUUGGUUCAUGGUAAACCCACAUAUUAGGAAUGACUCAACCUCAGUGGAGCUAUAUUAUGUUAGAAUAAUUGUAGGAAAAUGCAUUCCAACUAGUGUGAUAAAAUAGAAACUGGAAAUUUAUGAUACAUUUUUUUUUUUAAUUCUGAGUUUGUAAAAUUACUUUCAUUUCUUUGGCAUCAGAUGCUUAUGUUAGUAAUAAAGCAAGAUGUUUACAAUUUCCCACAAAAAGGAAAAAAAAGAAUGGCAGAAAAUCUUUGUCAGUACUAUAUAUCUGACAG